UCUCCUCCUCUAGGGUCAGUCGAGUCGGAGAAGCGGAGAAGUGAUGGCGGUGCACACAUAAACUGACCGAACAAAGUUUUCGUAGCUCAGAAAAAGUCUUUAGAUCCACAGGAGAGGGGAAAAGCUAUCAAUUUUUGGAAAGCUGGCGGACGACUGAAGUGCUCGGGAGCCUGGCUGCGGGAAACACAAACUGCUGUGCGCGCGCGACUUGUACUUGGCGACGGAAGAAUUUUUGGGAGCCGCGGUUACUAGUUCGUGAACUUCGGAGAGAGAGAGAGAGAUAAAGCUAACGCGUUAGCACAGCUAUUUAGCCUGCUCGUGCAAUGUGUUUUAACCAGCCAGAGAAUGGUUACUAUGGGGUUUUGUACUAGUAGACACGCAAGUUAAUAAGUAACUUAUCUUGGGUAGUGAAAUAAUCGUCUGUAUAUUUAGCUUGAUUCAUUCGUCUAGGAUGAGCAGGUACUUUGCACCUGUAGCCUCACGGCUUGAAAUCUCUCUCGACUUUCCUGGUUAGGUAUGUUGUUUUACUUGUAUUGUGCUUUUGGUGACGCAUGAAUCGACAGGCUGAUAAUGUAGUUUUUACUCUAUAAUGUAAACAAAAAAAGUUUGUGAAGUAAGUAUUUAGGCUAAAGCUGAUGUCCGUGCUUCAGAGACAUUUCGCAUUCCGAGAUUGGUUAACUUUAGCUGGCUUGCGUGGAAACAAAGCAAUGCGUCUCUUAACCUAUAUUAAGCCGGACUUGACCUGACCCACUCUCCGUUAAUGGUAUAAAGUGACCUGGCUGUGUUUGUUAGGAACUUUUUGUGCGUGCGUGUGUGUGUGUCAUUGGGGAAUACGACUGCUGGACUAGUUUACUUUGAUUUGACAUCACGGCACCCUAUGGUGCUCCUGGAGGCACCGAGACAUGGAUGUUCCCCAGGCCGUUUUCCCAAACGGUGAGGGGCGCCUGAGCCUCCAAGACCAUGUCUGGACGGAGUCCUCCAACUCGAGGGCUUGGGCUGACUCUGCCCCCGUGUGUCCCCGCUCGCUCUGGACGGCGGUGUUUGACUACGAGGCCAGCGGGGAGGACGAGCUCAGCCUGCGGCGAGGAGACGUGGUGGAGGUCCUGUCUAAGGACGCUGCCAUCUCGGGAGACGAAGGCUGGUGGACUGGAAAAAUUAAGCGUCGCGUGGGCAUCUUCCCAUCUAAUUAUGUUACUUACCAACCAGCUAUUUACAGAGCGGUAGGGGCUCGCGAGAAUGACCCGCCCGCCCCUGUUCGGAUACCUUUUUCUGAACUCGUUCUACAAGAAAUCAUCGGCGUCGGGGGGUUUGGCAAAGUCUACCGUGGGGCCUGGAAGGACCAGGAGGUCGCGGUGAAGGCAGCUCGACAGGACCCCGACGAGGACAUUACAGCUACUGCAGACAGUGUUAAGCAAGAAGCCAAACUUUUCUCGAUGCUUCAACAUCCCAACAUUAUCAAAUUGGAGGGGGUGUGUUUGGACGAGCCCAACCUGUGUCUUGUCAUGGAAUAUGCCCGAGGAGGGACUCUGAACCGCGCCUUGACGAGCAGGAGGAUCCCCCCUCAUAUCCUCGUGAACUGGGCCGUCCAGAUCGCCAGAGGCAUGCAUUAUCUCCACGAGGAGGCCGUGGUUCCCAUUAUUCAUCGAGACCUGAAGUCCAGCAACAUUUUAUUACUUGAAAAAAUUGAGAAUGAUGACAUUGGUCGAAAAAUCCUGAAGAUCACUGACUUUGGCCUUGCUCGUGAGUGGCACAAAACAACCAAAAUGAGUGCUGCUGGCACUUAUUCCUGGAUGGCUCCUGAGGUCAUCAAGUCCUCUCUGUUUUCUAAAGGGAGUGAUGUCUGGAGUUAUGGAGUCCUCCUUUGGGAAUUACUGACUGGAGAGGUUCCUUACCGUGGCAUUGACGGCUUGGCAGUUGCCUAUGGAGUUGCUGUCAACAAAUUAACCCUUCCCAUUCCAUCUACCUGCCCCGAGCCUUUUGCCAAGCUCAUGGAGGAAUGCUGGGAGCAGGAUCCCCAUAUCCGUCCGUCCUUUGCUUCCAUUUUGGAGCAGCUGACUGCCAUAGAAGAGGCUGUGAUGGCCACCAUGCCACAGGACUCCUUCCAUUCAAUGCAGGAGGACUGGAGAGUGGAGAUCCAGGAAAUGUUUGAUGAGCUACGCACUAAAGAAAAGGAGCUUCGUUCUCGUGAGGAGGAACUGACGCGAGCAGCCCUUCAACAGAAGUCUCAUGAAGAGCUGUUGAAGAGGAGAGAACAGCAGCUGGCCGAACGGGAAAUUAAUGUGCUUGAGCGUGAACUCAACAUCCUCAUUUUCCAACUCAACAAGGACAAGCCCAAUGUUAAGAAACGGAAGGGCAAGUUCAAACGCAGCCGCCUCAAGCUCAAAGAUGGCAACCGCAUCAGCUUACCCUCAGAUUUUCAGCAUAAAAUCACAGUUCAGGCCUCUCCAACUAUGGACAAGAGGAGAAGCCUCAAUAGCACUAACUCCAGCCCUCCCAGCAGCCCUACACUGAUCCCUCGCCUCCGAGCCAUUCAGUUGACCCUGGACGAGAGCAACAGAACAUGGGGUCGAAGCACCAAUUACAAACCUGAGGAGUUUGAAGAUGUUAAGAAAGGGUUCAAGAAGAAGGGCCGCACAUGGGGGCCGAGCUCUGUGCAGACGAAGGAAAGAGGAAAUUGUGCUGAAAGAGUUCGACCUCUCUCAGAUGGAAGCAGUCCCUGGUCCACUAGUCUUAUGAAAUCCCAGAAAUCUGUUCCAUUGGCUGCAUUAUUUGCAGAGCAGGGAACCAGUAAAGAUGAAGUAUGCUCUGCUGAUGGAUCUGACAACAAACCAAAGCAACUCAAGUUCCCCAACCAGGUGUAUAUCGAUCUACCUCUGUGGAAAGAUGAACAGGGGGAGAGCCAGGGGCCGGCUGGUGGAGGUGAGAGCCAGGACGAUCCAACAACAUCUACAAGUUCCACCAGCACCACACCUCAGCACACACCCACCAACAGCCUAAAGCGCAGCACCACAUGCCGGCGCACAGACUCUGUUCUCUAUGGCUGUGCCUCCAUCCUGGCAUCUGUCGCAUUGGGCUUUGACCUGCGAGAGGUCUGUAAGGGUGCUACCAAUGAGGAACCGGAGCCACGUGAGGAGAAGAAGAAACGAGAGGGCCUGUUUCAGCGCGCUACUCGCUUCCGCCGCAGCACCAGCCCCCCUGGUGGCCGUUCACGCAAGGACGAGGUUACCGCUGGGCCAGUAAACCUGCUCGCCAUGUCAUCGAUUUCUGAGUGCAACUCCACCAAGUGUCUCCUGCAGUCUGAUUGUGAGGGGUCUGUGCACAACCUAAUGAACGAGACUCCAACUAGCAAUUCCAGGACACAUCAGAAUACAGGCACUAGUGAAGUUCUCCCCUCAACCCCUGCGCAAGAUCUCGCUUCUGGAUCCAGCUCUCGGCUUAGGAGAAAGAAGUCCAGUCCUGCUGUGUGUCAGACCAUUAACGGCAGCAGUAACUGCCAGGCCAGUCCAACUGAUUCCGCUACCACUACCGCAAAAAAUAAGGCUGACAGAGAGCCUGCUCAAGAGAAGGAAGCAGUAUCUAGACCCAGGCCGCUUUCUUUAAGAAGCAAAUCUCACUCCUGGGGUCUUCUAAAGAGUCGCAACAAGAGCUAUUCACUCGGGCACUACUCUGGGGAGAAGAGUGCCCAAAACUUGGACGUGGUCCUCCCCUCAGAGGUCAAAAUGGGCUGCUCUUUACUGGACAUGGACACAGAGGGUCAAAAACGAGACAGCACGGUUCCCCUCUGUCGAAUACAGAGCACACCAGGUCGGCCAUCUGUCUUUGAACUGGAGAAAGAGUUUUUAUCCUGAAAUAAGCUGCAUCUGGAACACAAUCUUACUUUCGUCUUGAAUCUGUUCCAUGUGACAUUUAGUUGUUUUGUUUUUCCAAGAUUAACAUCAUGGCCUUUGACCAAUAUUUGAGCCAUUGCUGCUGGAGAUAUUCUGUAGUACCUUUAUUUAUAUGCUGUUUACUUUGAUAUGUAAUUUAAUAUGAAGUGACGUACAUGAAGUGAAUGAUCAACAUUCCACUGAACUUACAGUAAUUGCAGUGAUUUGAUCAGUACACAUGAACAAAAUCUCAGAAUCUGUUAGAAACUACUGAUUUUUUUUUUUGUGUUCAGACGUUUUUGUCAUUUGAUUCUGUAUCAUGUAAUGUCAUAUGAAAGGCAUAAACAGGGCCCACAGUGUUUAUAUAGUAUAAUUAUUAAUAGUUGUACAGAUGAAGUUCCAUCGCGGAUGCGAUUGACCAAACUAACAGACCUUAUGUUGCUAGCUCAAACAGUGCUUUCAUUGAGCAGCUUAGAAUUUCCAUACAUAGCUCAUUAUUUUUCCUAUACUAAUACAUGAAAUUUAAAAAAGGUUUUCUUUUAAUGACCUUUUGAAAUUGAUUCCUGAACCAUGCUGUGGUCAGCAUUGCAAUAAUCAAUUUAUUUCUGCUAGUCUUUUCCAGCAUUCUUCUUUUAUUUGUUUUCCCCCCUUAAAGCUAUAUUGGAUACCCACCUAAUGGACUCUCCUUUUUUAGCUUUAAUUCAAAUUCAUUUGAACUAAUUAUGUCUUUUAGAAGUGAAUACAUGUCUAUAUCUUUUAGAUUGCAUAACUAAUUAUGGCAGUAUUGUUGAUCAAACCGAAAUGGGGAGCAAAAAUAUAUAUUUAUAUCUAAACAUUGCAUUAUACUGCCAAAUAGUGAUGAAUGAACUAUAUUGAUGGUGUCAAUCAUUAUUGCUUUUUAUUUACAGAUCAUUCCUUUCCUU